AUUGAGAGUGUUGUAGGUCAACGUGACGUCGCAAAACCUUGGGUUUCGCGAAAAUGUUAGUCUAUCCAGGUUUAGUCCGGUAAUCCAAUAUUUUUUGAUAAUGAAAAUCUACUUGAUUUUUUCGUUCAUUGGAUUUGGGUUGUUGUUUUCUCACAGUGAAACAAUAAUUAAACAACAUGUACCAGCUGAACUGUUAUGUUUAGAUACAAAGUGUUUGAAAACUAUAACAAUGGGAAAGCUUAUUAAAGAUGUUAAUAUAGCGAAUCAGGAAAUAUUAAAGAAAAAUACCUUAGUGGAUAUAAUAGCAUUAAGUGCUGAUACAGCUAAUUCUUUGAUGAAAAUAAAAUUUGGCACAAAUAAUCCAUAUAUCGAUUCAAGUCUUGUACAAAUGCACGAUUCUCCAAGUUCAUUCAGAUUUUUAAGAGUGAAAAACACUGAUACAAUCUUGAACCCUUCAACUUCAUUAGAUGAAGAUUCAAGUUAUAAAUCAACAGCGAAAGAUCAUCAAGACAACGGGCAAACAUUUUCUGACAGUCAAAGGCAGAGUAAUGCUAUUGACAUUGACUUGGUUGAUCCCAGAAGCCAUGAUCAAGUGAUCAGACAAGAAACUGCAGACGAAAAAGAUUCUGAUGAAGUGGAAGACGACACGCUUGAAGUAGAUAACGAUGAAGAUGAAUCAAACGAUAACAAUUCAACUCUUGACACAGAAGUUCGUGAUACAGCUUCUUCGAAUUAUGGAGAGACAAACACCACUGACUUUUCAUUUGAAUCAACCAGUGAAAAUGUUAGCCAGGAGAAAGUUCGUAAAUCUAUGUUAUCCAAUGAAAAUGAACCAGUAAAUACUAUCGCACAUACUAAAGAAAGUAAAGAUUCGAUUGAUACAAAGUCAUUUAUCAAAAAAAGUGCUAGCAAACAAUCAGAUGAGGUUACGAGUGAUUCUGAGCAAAGUGAAUCUGAUUUGGCAAGGCGACAGUCUCCAUCUGAUCAAUCGCAUCAUGUAGAGGGGAUGUCAGGAACUGAGGAUGUGAAAACUGGAGCUCCACCAUCACCGCCACCUCCUACCGUACCUUCCAAACCAGACAAGAUGUCGGAGAAGGUUUCGAGUGAUUCUGAGCAAAGUGAAUCUGAUUUGGCAAGGCGACAGUCUCCAUCUGAUCAAUCGCAUCAUGUAGAGGGGAUGUCUAAAACUGAGGAUGUGAAAGCUCGAGCUCCACCGCCACCUCCUACCGUACCUCCCAGCCCAGAUAAGAUGUUGGAGAAGGUUUCGAGCGAUUCUGAGCAUAGAGAAUCUGAUUUGGCAAGGCGACAGUCUCCAUCUGAUCAAUCGCAUCAUGUAGAGGGGAUGUCAGGAACUGAGGAUGUGAAAACUGGAGCUCCACCAUCACCGCUACCACCUACCGUACCUUCCAAACCAGAUAAGAUGUCGGAGAAGGUUUUGAGUGAUUCUGAGCAAAGUGAAUCUGAUUUGGCAGGGCGACAGUCUCCAUCUGAUCAAUCGCAUCAUGUAGAGGGGAUGUCUAAAACUGAGGAUGUGAAAACUGGAGCUCCACCAGCACCGCCACCACCUACCGUACCUUCCAAACCAGAUAAGAUGUUGGAGAAGGUUUCGAGCGAUUCUGAGCAAAGUGAAUCUGAUUUGGCAAGGCGACAGUCUCCAUCUGAUCAAUCGCAUCAUGUAGAGGGGAUGUCAGGAACUGAGGAUGUGAAAACUGGAGCUCCACCAUCACCGCUACCACCUACCGUACCUUCCAAACCAGAUAAGAUGUCGGAGAAGGUUUUGAGUGAUUCUGAGCAAAGUGAAUCUGAUUUGGCAAGGCGACAGUCUCCAUCUGAUCAAUCGCAUCAUGUAGAGGGGAUGUCUAAAACUGAGGAUGUGAAAGCUCGAGCUCCACCGCCACCUCCUACCGUACCUCCCAGCCCAGAUAAGAUGUUGGAGAAGGUUUCGAGCGAUUCUGAGCAUAGAGAAUCUGAUUUGGCAAGGCGACAGUCUCCAUCUGAUCAAUCGCAUCAUGUAGAGGGGAUGUCAGGAACUGAGGAUGUGAAAACUGGAGCUCCACCAUCACCGCCACCACCUACCGUACCUUCCAAACCAGAUAAGAUGUUGGAGAAGGUUUCGAGCGAUUCUGAGCAAAGUGAAUCUGAUUUGGCAAGGCGACAGUCUCCAUCUGAUCAAUCGCAUCAUGUAGAGGGGAUGUCUAAAACUGAGGAUGUGAAAGCUCGAGCUCCACCGCCACCUCCUACCGUACCUCCCAGCCCAGAUAAGAUGUUGGAGAAGGUUUCGAGCGAUUCUGAGCAUAGAGAAUCUGAUUUGGCAAGGCGACAGUCUCCAUCUGAUCAAUCGCAUCAUGUAGAGGGGAUGUCAGGAACUGAGGAUGUGAAAACUGGAGCUCCACCAUCACCGCCACCACCUACCGUACCUUCCAAACCAGAUAAGAUGUCGGAGAAGGUUUUGAGUGAUUCUGAGCAAAGUGAAUCUGAUUUGGCAAGGCGACAGUCUCCAUCUGAUCAAUCGCAUCAUGUAGAGGGGAUGUCAGGAACUGAGGAUGUGAAAGCUCGAGCUCCACCGCCACCUCCUACCGUACCUCCCAGCCCAGAUAAGAUGUUGGAGAAGGUUUCGAGUGAUUCUGAGCAAAGUGGAUCUGAUUUUGUUAAACCACAACGUUCAUUCUUAUCUCCGUCAAGCAAAGGUUUAGAUAAUGAUAGUCAACUAGAAACUACUAAGUCAGUGUAUAAUGAUAGACAAGGCGGAAUCAGUAGUGAUUUCAUUAAUGUUGAAAAUAUUGGCAAAUUUCAUUCUUUAGAUGUGAAUAACUCUAUUUCUUCAACUAUUUCACAACAAAUAUCUAAGAAUCAACUUUUUGAUCCGCACAUUUUUCCCGUUCACAUUGGUUUGAUACAGUGUAUAUACUGGGCAGCAAAUGUUAGUUUUGAUCAAACUUAUUUGGAAACUGUUCGAUCACCUUUCUCACGUUUGUUUGUCAAUGGAUUAAUGUACUUCUUUUCAAUUGCUAACUUUUCUCUACAAUAUUUUCCAGAGAAUUCUAUUUCUAGUCUAGAUAAUAUUUUACUUGAAACAUUUUCUUUACCAUUAAAUUUCAUUAUUGCUUGGAUGAUUUUUAUAGUUCACUUAUUGUUUGUAUGGAAUUUAAGUAAAGUUAUACAUUCUAUUCUAUCAAAAUACAUUUUUCCUGAAAAAUACACAUCUCCAUCACUUGCAGAAUAUAUAAAACUUGAAGAGUAUAGUAUACAACUAGCUAGUCAACUUUCAGAUAUGGAAGAGUCUAAUUCUCAUUUAUCUAAAUGGGCUAAUUCACUUUCAUGUAACUUUCAAAAUUUACAAGAAGAAUAUACUACUAAAAUAUCUGAAAUGACAUUGUCUGUAGAUGAUUCACAUGAAUCUUGCAUGCAUGUUCAAUCUGAAUUAAAUCAUUUAAAAAAUGCUUACAAUUUAUUAGAACAAAGUUUACGUUUAAAAUUAACUGAUAAAGAAGAAAUUAUUCAUGAAUUAAACACAGAAAUUAAUCAUUUAAAACAAUUAAACUCUGAUAAUGAUAAUAAAUGGCAAAAAAAUCUUUUAGACUUGGAAGAAACUAAUCGUCAAUCAAUAGAGAAAUUAAAAGAAGAGUUAGAACAAUUAUAUUCACAAGCUAAUUCAUAUUAUAAUCGUAUGAAAACAAUGCAAUCAGAUAUGGAAAUGAUUAAAGAAUCUAGAAAAGCAUCUGAAGAGAAAUUACUUACUAAAGAAGCAGAAUUUCAAAGUUUACUCGCAACAUUUAAUACACUUAAAGGACUUGAAUUGAUCUUGGAACAAGAAUCUUUUUCACAACAAUCAAAAAUAAAUAGUAUUGAAGAACGUGAAGUAGAUACCAUUGAAAAUAUGUCUAAUGUGAUUUGUUGUACCUUAGAAGAUGAUUUAGAUGUUAGUGAUAAGUCAAGUGUUUUUUCUGAAAGUAUUUUAUCUGAUUCAAAUGAAAAAGUUCAUGAAAAAACUACAGAAAAAUCUAAAUUACGAGAGAAAUUAUCAUUACUUUUGGAUGUUGGUCGUUUGCAUGCUCAAAUUAGACUUAAAGAUGAACAAAUUAAAACUGAAGAAUCUAAAACAAAAAGUGAACAUGAUCUUCGAGUUCAAGUUGAAUCUAAAUUGGAAGAGAUAGAAAAAGAAAAUUCAACUCUUAAGUCUAAUUUAAUUCAAACAGAACAAGAAAAAAAUGCUUUUCAAACAAAGCUUGAUAUUUUAUCAGAUUAUUUUAAAGAACGUGAACUUGAACUACAAAGAGAUUUAGGAAAGCAUGUUGUAGUUGGUUCUGAAUCUUCAGAAGCUCUUAUGCACAGUCGAAAACGUAAUCAAGAGCUUGAAGGAGAAGUGAAAAUAUUACGAGAUCAAAUGACAGCUUUACGCCGAGAACUAGCAGAAACUGAACGAACUAGUAGGCGUCAAAUAUCGGAGUUAGAUAAGCGUUCUCAUGAAAAUUGGUUAGCAGCUCGUGCAUCGGAACAUCAAAUUCAAGAUCUACGUGAAGAGAACUCUAGUCUACGACAAAAGCUUAUUGAAUCGGAGAACAAUGCAUUACGAUCGUCAUUGCACAAUUUCCCAGGAAAAAUAGAUAGUUCAUCUCGUGAAAAACUUAUGAAUAUUUUACCAAGACCUUUUUUACCACCGGGUUUUUUGAAAAAUACAAGUUUAAGAGGAGAUGUGCACUCUCAAUCGAGAAAUUCUAUGACAAAUUUAUCAUCACAACAACCAAUAACAGAAGCUAACCCAUUUCCAUUUAUUCCACCACCUCCACUUCCACCUCCAGGAAUGAUGCCUUUUCCAGGUGGACUUCAAAAUGAUACUUUAUCACCGCCCCCGCCACCUCUUUUGCCUGGAUUUCCUCCUGUACAAAUGAAUUUCCCGCCUGGAUUUUUACCUCCUCCUCCUAUUCCUCCAUUCGCACCUGUUAUGAAAACAUUAAUCGACCAGAAUAAACAAACUAGUUCUCGCUCUUCUAUAAGUGGUUCAUUAAAAUGA